AAAUAUACCGAGGCUCACGGUCAAUUGCUACGGUGUCUUACUGUUCAAUAAUCAAUCCCUCUCCCUCCCGUGCUCUUGCUGCGCUGCUUUAUUUUAUUUGGUACAAACGGUUCAUCUCGUCUCGUAUCUCUUUCUGAGAAACAGUUGGUUAGAAAUUAAAAGAAAACAACCAUGGCUUCUCCUCAGAAAAUCCGCACUCCAGUGACUGAUCUCCUGAAGAUCAACCACCCCGUCUUGCUGGCGGGUAUGAACGUUGCUGCUGGUCCUAAGCUCGCCGCAGCGGUCACCAAUGCGGGUGGUCUUGGUGUCAUUGGUGGUGUUGGCUACACCCCCGAGAUGCUAAAGGAACAGAUCGCUGAACUCAAGAGCUUCCUUAACGACAAGAAUGCUCCGUUCGGAGUCGAUCUCCUUCUCCCCCAGGUCGGAGGAAGUGCCCGAAAGACCAAUUAUGAUUACACCAAGGGAAAGCUGAAUGAGCUUGUUGAUAUCAUCAUCGAGAGUGGUGCUAAGCUCUUUGUUUCCGCCGUCGGAGUCGCUCCCAAGCCCGUCGUUGAGAAGCUACACAAGGCUGGCAUUCUCUACAUGAACAUGAUCGGCCACCCCAAGCACGUUCAGAAGGCCCUCGAUGCCGGAGCCGACAUUAUCUGCGCCCAGGGUGGAGAAGGUGGUGGUCACACUGGUGAUGUUCCCACCACUGUCCUCAUCCCUGCUGUCGCCAAGCUGGUCCAGGGCAAGAAGAGCCCUCUGACCGGUCAGCCCGUGCAGGUCAUUGCUGCCGGUGGUCUGUUCAGCGGCCAGUCCGUUGCUGCUGCUCUGAUGUUAGGCGCUUCUGCCGUCUGGAUCGGUACUCGUUUCAUCCUCUCUGAUGAGGCUGGUGCGCCCGAGGCUCACCAGGAGGCUGUCCGCACCGCUGGAUUUGAUGACAAUGUUCGCACUAUCAUCUUCACGGGUCGUCCCCUCCGUGUCCGCAACAACGCAUACAUCCAGAACUGGGAAGAGAACCGCCAAAACGAAAUCAAGGAGCUCACCGCCAAGGGCAUCAUCCCCGUCGAGUACGACAUGGAGAACCUCCCCGAUGACGUUGACGACGAUACUCUCGACAACGCCCGUCCCUACCUAAUGGGCAAGGCUGCCGCCGUCGUCAACGAGAAGAAGCCCGCUAAGGCCAUCGUUGACGAACUGGUCAACGACGCCGUUGCUUGGCUACAGAAAGGCAACAAGAUGAUUGCUAAGCUUUAGAUGUUAUGUUCUUUUAUAUGUUUUGAUACGGCCGCUCCCCUUCGCUCCUCUGCAUUUGCUUUUGGUUUGGUUUUUUUUUUUUAAAUUCCAGUUAUUCUUCAAUUAGGAGGUUCUUGUCAUGGCAUGCAUAGUAGUAGUUUUAGCUUCAGGUUCUAUUUUUGAAGAACUGGAAUAAGGGUGAUACCAGCAACCAACCAACCGCCUUUAGGCGUCGUAUGAUUUCUUUCUAGUGGGGAAUUCGCUGGCAGAACGUAUUCUUGAUCUUCCAAAUUGCCUACCUUGGCGCGCGGCUGUAUUUGUAUAACUAUACAGGGCAGUUGGCUUUUGCGUACGCACCUGCUUUGCCGUAAGGACACUAGAGUGAGGACUGAACGCAAUACGCUUUUAUCAAG